CGAUUCACAUUUCAGUUAUUCUUAUCACUUCAAUAGAAGCGGUGUGCGUUUGUCUCUAACGGGCUGCUAUUGUUUUGUUAUACAAUUUUUAAUUAAUGCCCCAAAUUUUCUAACAAGUUCUUCACACUUUUCUAUUAUAAAUUACAGUAAAAUGCCUGGAAAACCCAAAAAAGCCUGCAUUGUGGGAAGCGGUAAUUGGGGUUCCGCAAUAGCUAAAAUUGUGGGGAAUAAUGCAGCACGUCUUCCUCAAUUCGAUGAUCAUGUCACUAUGUACGUGUACGAAGAGAUGAUAAAUGGAAAGAAAUUGACGGAGAUUAUUAAUGAAACACACGAAAAUGUGAAGUAUUUGCCGGGUCACAAGUUACCUUCGAAUGUGGUAGCCGUUCCGGAUGUUGUUGAAGCUGCAAAGGAGGCAGACAUUUUAAUAUUCGUAGUUCCACAUCAAUUCAUACGAACAUUAUGUUCUACACUUUUAGGUAAAAUAAAGCCUACAGCGAUUGCGUUAUCUUUGAUUAAGGGAUUCGAUCAAGCUGAAGGAGGCGGAAUUGAGUUAAUAUCACAUAUCAUCAAACGCCAGCUGAAAAUAGAAUGUGCUGUUCUAAUGGGCGCCAAUUUAGCUGGAGAGGUCGCAGAUGAAAAGUUUUGCGAAACGACAAUCGGCUGUAAAGAUUCACGCAUGAAACCAGUUUUACGAGAUCUUAUACAAACAGAAUAUUUCCGAGUUGUUGUUGUUGACGAUGAAGAUGCGGUAGAAGUUUGCGGGGCUUUAAAAAACAUUGUCGCUUGCGGUGCAGGAUUCGUUGACGGUUUAAAUUUGGGAGAUAAUACAAAGGCGGCAGUAAUUCGAUUAGGUUUAAUGGAAAUGAUUAAAUUUGUUGACUUGUUUUAUCCUGGCAGCAAACUGUCCACUUUCUUUGAGAGUUGCGGCGUUGCAGAUCUUAUUACCACAUGCUAUGGGGGACGUAACAGAAGAAUUUGUGAGGCAUUCGUCAGAACUGGCAAAAGUAUAAAGGAGCUGGAAGACGAACUGCUAAAUGGCCAAAAGUUACAAGGUCCAUACACAGCGGAAGAAGUUAACUUUAUGCUCAAAACUAAAAAUAUGGAGGACAAAUUCCCCUUGUUCACUGCAAUAUUUCUUAUCUGUACUGGAAAAAUUGAUGCGAAAGAACUGAUCAACUGUAUCAAAAAUCAUCCCGAGCAUAUCUCACCGCUAACAAAUAUUGCAUAGUUGCCUUUUUUGCCAUUCACUAGUAUUAAAUGUGAUGGCACGUUUCGUUUAAUUUUAUACAAUUUUUAAAAUUGAAGUUUUUAUUCCGUUAAGUUUUAGUAGCUUAGACUAUAUAUUAUGUUGGUACCUUUUACAUUCAUUUUAUUUUUUUUUCUAAAAUGUUGAAUUUUACGACAUUGUUCCUCAAAACAGCAACAUAUGUAUUUAAUUUUUCUUUAUCCUAAGUUUUCUUACUUAAUUUAUUUAAAAAGUAGUUGUCAGUGCUGUUUAAAUACAAAAAGUUACAAAUUUGUAAAAAUAUAUAAAUCGUAGGUAAUAAAAUAUCUUAUAAUUGUAAAAAGUUUUCAAUUUCGGAACAAUGGUUCCAUGAUUAGACUGUGUGUCAAAGGCUGAUAAAACUUUAUUACAUACGAUUUAAACUUAGAGCUUAUAAUUAAACAUGGAGCACUCAACAAAAUUUUAAAAAUGUACCUAAUCAUAUUUAUUUUUAAUGUAAAAAGUAGAACUGCUGGUUUUUUAAUUUGUGAUCAGAAUUGUUGCUGUUUUGGGAAUGUUUUAUUUUUGCUCGCAGGCAUGUAGAGUAAGAUUGAUAACAUUUGUGCCUUGUUAUGUAGUUUAGUAAUUGUUUUAAUAAUACAUGUGGAAUAUUAAAGUAUUUAAUAUGAUAAAAAUUAAUUGUGUUGAAACGAAUUAUAAGAAUUGUGAUACGUACUUAAUUGCAUAAGACAGUCGGUAAAUGCUCUAUGAUGUCUUUACAGUUUUUUAAUUUAUCUCCCUUAAAUACCUGGGAAGUAGCAUUUAAUUGUCCCUAUACAUAACUACUCAAUAUGUAUUUUAAAGACUCAUAAUAUUCCAUGUGCAGCUUUUUCUUUAGCAUCCUUACUACCCCAUUAAAGGCUUCCAAGUUUUUUAAUUAAUAAUUUAAAUUAACUGUGCAAUAACUGUUAUAAGCAAUCUUAUAUUGUAAUUAAUAUUUAAUUCAUGCAUGUUAACUUUUCUUCAAGAGGACAUAUUAGUAUAUUAAGUUUGUCUCUGUGUUCAAUUAUCUAAUUUGUACUGUUAUAAUGUUAAUAUUGUUACGCAGAAAAGUAGUUGUAAAAUAUUUUUUAUGGAAGAUUAAAAGAUAUCUUAAUGUUUUAGGUACGUUCCCAAAUCAAUUUCAUAUAUAUAGCAGCCCUGACUUUCCAAACCUUCCCUACAACUGGAUCCCAUCUAUUGCUAUAUUUAACCUUUAUAAAUUUGCGAAAUAUAUCUUUUCUAAACCAC